AAAUAACCGGUUUCAACCAGCUAGCAGCUAUAAUGGCGACCAUCAGUGAUGUGUUUUAAUUUUGCUUAGGAAUACUACGGGAUUUAUAAAACUGUUUUUCAAUAAUCACAUUCACUAUUGAUACAGUUGUUAAUCAUUGAUAUAUUUUCUCUUUUUAUGUCGUUUUCAUAUUACCUAACAUUCAUGUAAAUCGAAUUAACAUAAAGAGGAAGAUCGCGGAAGUUCAGUGAACACGCGUUUAUAAAUACGAAAGAAGUGACCUAAGAACGACCUUUCUACGUCAAUAUCGAUCUAGCGCUAUCAGCUGCUCUGAGAUCCAUUCUUUGGUUUGCUCUGAAGUAUUCACGAGCAUUAAGGUUCACCUAAAAUUGCUCGUUUUGACAAGGAAAUUAACAACUAUCUGUUGUGCUGAAAUAAUAUGCUCAUUGUAGCAGAAGACACUUGACUCAUUGAGGCUACGAAAUAUACUCACUGAACCUGCAUAUAGAUCGUUUUAACAGUUGAAGCAGUACACAGAAUAAAAUGGCGGAUCUAUGGGAUACAGACAAAGCCAUGUCUUCUGAAGUCCCGGUGCCAGAAAACAUACUUGAAGAAAAUGCGAACUUAACAGCUACUCAACUUGUUUUAGAAAUGAAAAGUGAGCCACAUCCAUGGUCAGAGCAGACCAACCAAGGAAGUACAUCCGAUGCUGAAAGCUAUAGUAGCGAAACACCACUUCUGGAGAAGGCUGAACAGACAUACACUGUUGCACACGAGCAAAAUGUAGAGGAAACGACUCCAAACCCCACGUUUGACACUUGUACAGUCAAUGCACCUGAUCAAACAUCUUACUCGGUGGAUGCUGCUCUUCUUGAUUUUACGGGGUCAGCUUUGACCUUGAAUUUUACUGACGUCACUGAUAUAGUUCAAAUGGCAGGCAUUCAACCACCGCAGAUAUACGGAAGCGGUUGGGAGUUUGGAAGUAUGUGCAGUAUCAAUCUGCAUUCGGUCCAAGACGAUGGGGUCCGAAGUAGUUGUAACACGUUGACAAAACACGAUGAUAUUCAGGGUCUCCAAGAUCGACUGCUAUCAAGAAUAUUUGCUGAAAAAAUAUCCAAGUCCGAGUUUGGUUCUGGUUUGACUGGUAAAGAAUUGAAUGUACAAUCGCUUGAAAAACUCCAACCUAUUAUUGAAUACGUCGCUCCACAAAAGACAAGAAACAUGAGGAAUGUGAUCAUGGUUUGCUUAAGCAAUAUGUUUCUGUACUCUGCUGUCUUUGGACUGAGAAAUUUGCAAAGUAGCAUCAAUACCGAGGCCGGUGUUGGGGUUCUGUCGCUUGCUGUUUUCUUUUCAACGUACAUGAUCGGGAGUUUUGUCAGUCCGUUUAUCGUCCGAAGGUUUCCCCCAAGGACCUGUCUUUGCUGGAGUGCAUGUGGACAUAUCUUCAAUAUUGUUGCAAACUACUACCCCAAAGUGUACACACUAGUUCCAAGCGCUGCUCUUCAAGGAAUAACUUCCGCUGUGUUCUUAAACGCUAUUAGCACUUACAUAACCGAGGUUGGAUUAUUUGAAGCCACAAUGAAAAAGAAGUCGCUUGAGACUUAUAUCAGUCGCUAUUUUGGCAUACUUUCUCUGAGCUACCAGUUUGCAACGGUCGUCGGAAAUCUGGUUUCCUCUGUUAUAUUUAUGAGUGCUGUAACAAGAACGGAAUUGCAUCAACAGUUUUACAAUGAGAACCCAAACAAUGCUAGUAUUCUAGUGAACAUUUACCAAGACGGAAACACUACUUACACAACAAAUAACACUGACGCUGUGGUGGCAGUUCCAGCCACAUGUGGUGGCCAGAGUUGCUCGAUGGAGAGUGACGUCACCGGAGAUUCCGUAUUUGACGAUCUGGAUAAGCUGUUCCUUAUAGGAACGUAUACUUCAUGUGGGAUCAUUUCCAUUGUUGUUAUAUACUGUAUGCUAGACAAGGUACCAGACUUUAACCCGAAAAAAAUUACUUGCCGUGACCUAGGGAAAGGAUGCGUGGGAAUCUUCAAGAUUCUCAUUGACCGGAAAUUUGGCCUCGCCGUACCGCUGUGUCUUUAUACCGUCCUGAGCAGUGGCUUUGUCGUCGCCGACAUAUUAAAAAGCUUCAUCACCUGUCCGCUCGGUGUUCAGAUGGUGGGCUAUUCCAUGAUCUGUUAUGGGGUGUGUGGGUCGCUGAGUUCUGUUGCAGUUGCCAAGUUUACACGCCUGACCGGAAGAAUGCCCAUUGUUCUCUUAGCUGCCGCUUUAAACCUGGGCUGUCUCAUCGGCAUGAUGUACUGGGAGCCGACUGAGCUGGAAAAGCCCUGGCUCCUGGCGAUGUUGGGCGUCUGGGGGUUCGCCGAUGGCAUAUGGCAGUCACAGACCAAUAGUCUGAUAUCUGCAGUCUUCGCUGACCGCUAUGAGGAGGCGUUUGGAAGUUGUCGGAUUCUACAAGGAGUGGCUGGAAUAGCCGUUUUCCUCAUGUCUAAUUUGCUUUGUAUGAUAUCAAAGAUACUUUUCAUCGUCGGCGCAUGCGUAGUAACAACAACCUGCUACAUUGCACUUGAAAUCGCUGCGAAGAAAAACACGAAACCAGCAAUAUCUGUCAAACAAGUCGAAGUCAACUGAUUGGUAGUAUAGAAGUCGAGGUUAAUUGAUUGGUAGUCUAAACCGAUUGAACAUUCCGCUGAAGUGUUAAUAGCAUACAUUCAGGGAAUGUAUUGUUGUAUCUCAUAUGUUUUAUCAUCUCAUAUGUUAUACAUGUGAAAAGGUAGAAAUAUUGCUUCUUUUUGAAGUGUGUUAUGUUUUAAAAAUAUUCAUAUUAACAAGGCUUUUUUGUGCCUCGGUUCUACAUUGUCACCCCGAUAAGUUGGUCAUUCAUGUAUAUUUUGUUAUUGUUUUGUCAAUAUCUGUUUAAUGUUAUAACGAUAUCAGAUUGGACGAUCAACUGCUGAGACUUCGGAUCAAUUUAUUUUAUUUAUUUAAGUUUUGCUUUGUACAAUGUUACAAGGCCACCUGAAUCGAGCGCCGAUCGAGCGUCCGAGAUAGGGGUCUCUGCACAUCUAAAGAAUACAGAUCUGGUUUGUUCUGGAUCCAUCAAGAAUUGCAGACGAUAUUUUAGCAAUCCGUUAAGCCUUUCUUUGUUAUCAUGAAAAACAUUUUUUACACUUUGUUUAAACUUAAUAAGUUAAAACAACUUAAUAUACUGUGUUCACUCAAAACAUAACCUUUACAUUUUUGGACUGUAUCUUGCAAGUCAUAUCUGCACGUUUAGUGUAUGUAUUUAUGUUGUUGUUUUUUCGUUCCAUACUUCACGUGAAAGGACAAACAAACAACUAUAUGUAAAUACAAAUAUUUACAUUUUUUGCGUGUUUUAAAUGCUAUUCAUAUAUCGUAGCAUUUUAGUGUUCAGCCGUGGAGCUACAGCAUGCCAGAAAUAACAUUUGAGUUUAUAAAGAUAAACUUUUGGUUUAAAACCAAAGAUUAGCUGUUAUGCCAUGCAUACGUGCUGUAAUCGAUAUUGUCUUGAUUCUUGAUUUUUUACCAUUACAUGUUUCCAUAUAUGUUUACACUUGUUUCUCAUAUGUUUUUCACUAUAACUAGGAUAAUCUUUUUUGCUCUUUUUUCUUGUUUCAUGCCAAUUUUGUUAUGACAACUAAUACCUUUGAAUUUUCGCCUCAAUUCAAAAUUUGUUUUCCAAUGUAUUCUGUAUAGCUUUCGCUGUUUAUAUGUGAAUUAACCCAAAUAUGUUUAAACCAAUGUUAUCUUCAUUGAUUCAAGUAAUGCAGAGUUUGUACUUUUGUUUUAUUUUUUAUCUUGGACGCUUUGAGUAAUUUAUUCAGGCCAAACAAAAAUGGUUUGUUUCCGAUAUCACUUCCAAAAUAUAGGGUAAAUGGUCGGGAUCUUUUUCUUGCUUUAUUCAGUUAUUUAAAGUUAUGUCUGAUUAUAAUUUUUACACUUGAACCGUUGCCGUUUAGUCUUGGUACAUUCACGCCUGUUUUCAAUCGUAACAACUCGGCAAACUCCGGCAAGCUUCGUUGAAUAAUGGCCGAGGUGUUUCAAUUGGCCUACUUCCCGUACAACUGACUACCAAAUAUUUAUACCAAAAGAAAAAAGAAUAAAGGUUAGAAAAAGUAUGUCCGAUAGCCAUAAAAAUAGGAUCGGGUGCGAAACAAAUAGGGUAGGUUGGGAAACCGGGAACAAACAUUGUUUUGUUAUGCUUUAUUAUGCUGAUUGUUUUAAAAUUGAGUGUAGCACUGUAUAUUUCAAUGAUUUAAUUCUGUCCAAUACAGUUAUUGUUUUAUCGUAUGUUGUUUCAUCUGUUUCAUGAAUGCUUAUGGAAGUUUUGUGAUGAUGUAUUUAUGUUUGAAAUAGAUCGCGGUUAUGUAUUAGAGGCACACAAUAGAGGUUGAUGCAAAAUAAAAAUAAAUAAUCCAUUAUCAUCUUUAAUUCCUUUGAUUUGAAUGGUAAAAACAAAAGAAAUACCUAUAAUUUAAGUACGGAUAAAAAUACUAGCCACUUUGAUUGUGUUUUUUUUUUUGUAUAUUUAAAUUACUUAGCCACAAAAUCCCCAGUUAGAAAAGCGCCAAAACAUCGCCAAUUUGUUUAUAUAUGUACCUAAAUCAUAUGCAUUUGUUUGUUUUGAUCAUUAAGUCAAUUGAGUUAAACAUGCAAAAAAAUGCAUUUACACAAAAAUUAAGAACUGCAUCGACCCUUAUUGUGCGCCUUUAAUUGAACGGUUAUGUUUCAUUGUGUAAUUUGUAGGUUGUGUUUUUCUCUUCAUUACUUCUUCAUCAUUAUUUUACAAUGGCCUGAUAGAUAUCUUUGGUAAUGAUUUGAACUUCAUGUGCAGAUAUCAUGUAAUAUUUUUUCCCCGUCUCAUUCAUUUUUUUGACAAAAAACUAACGAACAGAAGUGCUAUAUAGUUGUGCAUACAUGUUAUUUGAUAUGUUAUAAACUGCGAUGUAGUUUACUUGUUCUAUUAUUUAAUUUGCUAACAUAUUGUUUUCAUAAAAGUGCUAACAUAAUUGCGUUACCAAGUAACAGCAACAUAUCAAUAUUUGAGUAACCACAUGCCGGUUAGAAUCACCAUUAACUAUUUUGGUAUCUAUUUUCUGGUUAAAACCAGUCCCGUGUUACAUAGAGAUGUCAGUUAUCAUUUUAUAGCAGGGAAGCUUCACAUAAUUUACGACUUCUCUUUAUGUACGUGUUGCCGUCAGACAUUUUGAAUUCCACUGUUGGUAGGUGGAUGAGUAAACAUACGUACGCUACAUGUAUUUUUAUAGAUAGUGGCUUUUUUAUUGGUAGGGUUAGCUUUGUUUCGAAUGGACGCGCUAAUUUGUUAGAGACACUUGAGAGAUUGUUGUUGUUGUUGUUGUUGUUUUUCUUAAUUACUUUGUGGUAAAUGUUGUUGUUGUUGUUUUUCUUUAUUACUUUGUGGUAAAUGUACAUAAGCUAUUAUGACUGUGUAAAACUAGAUUAAUCGAAAUGAGACUGAUGAACAAUCCGGAAGUCUUACACUAGUGCUUGGUAAAAAAUAUUUAACACGCCCUGCUACUUAAACUCAAAGAUUUGAGCAAGUCCUGGGCCGGGGGCAUUUGAACAUUGCGGAGUAGGUCAGUGGUAGGUUUAGCUUCCUGUUUCUAAUGAAGGAUUUCAUCAGUUUUGAGUGAAGAUUGUUGAUUGAGGUAGUUAUGACAGCCCUAUGUACAUUCUUUAAUGGCUAGCCUGUAUCUUCAUCAUUUUCAAUCCACAGUUUUUUUUUGCCAAACUUUCUUUGUAGGUAUUGUAAAUAACUGGUAGCCAUUUUCGAAAUUAAGUAUGCCUUUAACUGAGUAUUUUAAUUAUAUAUAGUUGAUUAUUUCCCUCCGCGUAUUGAGUGUAAAAUUAUAUGUAUAUAGGUGAUAAUUCCCAUCUGCCAUGUUAAAUAUGUAAUGCAUGUUCUCCAUGAUGUAUAAAUUAUAAAUGUGAUUUUGACCAAUACAUUAAGUGUGAUUUUGACCACAUUUAGCCUGAAGUGUUGUCUCACGUAGUUGCCUCAUGUAUAUAUGUCCUGGUGUAAUAGUAUGUGAAUAAAGCUGUAAAUACA